CUUGAAAAAGCUCCUUUCAAGUACAAGUCUAUAUUUCUGCCCAAGUCUUUUAAAAUUAGCCAUUGCGGCAUUUCAUUCAACAUAAGAAGAACAGUUUUCCUUUGAUAGAAUGUCUAAAAAAAUAGUUGUUGUUUUUGGCAUUAACCAUAUUGUUGGUAAUUUGGUAGCGAAAUCAAUUUUAAAUAGUAAUCAAUACAUAGUUCGUGGUGUGUCAACAUCAUCUGAAAGUAUGAAUAUUGAUUUUAUUGAAGGGAUUGAGACAUAUAACAUGAGUUCUAUGAAAGACAAGUCUAUCAAUGAAGUACUUCAAGAUGCCAGCUUUUGCUUUAUAUAUACUUUGACUAAUUUUGAUGACCCAAACUGCAUUGAUACUGAAAUAUCACUGGGAUGCCAAAUAGCAGACUACUGCAAAAGCUCUAAUGUGCAGCAUGUUGUAUUUUGUUCACAACUUCAUUCGAAUAACAUCUGCUCACUCAUGGCAAGACAUUUAGUUGCUAAGGCUGAGAUUGAAAAGUACAUGCGUGACAUCGGCCUUCCUUUGACAUGUUUGAUACUUCCAGUUUUCUAUCAGGACAUCUGCGAGACAUUCAAGCCAACUAGAUGGGAUAAAUCUGUCUAUUAUAUAGAAAUUCCAAUGGGAAAAACCCCUUUGGAUUUGAUCAGUAGAGAUGAUAUUGGUCCUAUUGUCGUUAAAGUCAUGCAACAUUCUCAAGAAUAUCUCAGUAAGUCGCUAAGUGUGUGCGGUGAUAAACUAUGUGUUCAAGAGAUUGCUACAGUGCUUUCUAAAUGGCUUCAUCCAACUAUUUUUAAAGAUAAACAGAUUUCGCCAUUUGAAUUUCAACAAAAAAGAUGCACAGAAUUGAAGGGAAGUAAUGAUUAUGCAGCCAUGUUUCAAUUUUUUCAACGAGUGGAUCAACGAUACAAUUUGUUAAACAGCAAAAAACUUAACCCAGAAGUAAUCUCUUUUAAUGAUUGGGUGAUGGUCAACGUUGAGAAAAUCAAGGACCUACUAAAAUAAAUAUUUUGUUUUUACUUUAUUACUACCAUUUUUUUCUUUCGACAUAUAUUAAUACUUAUAAAACACACACACACAAGAAAAGAAUACAAUAUAAUAUGCAUAUCUAUUUUUUUGGGAGGAUAAGAUUAGAUUUCAAUGUUUCAAACACUUUGGGAAAAAACUUCAGCACCAAAACGUUUCUUUAUCUCAGCAGAGUUUUUAUCGUCCAUAAAUAAACACUAGGUGCUAUUUCUUUGUAAAUUUAUGUUUGCCCAUACAUAGGCCCUAUAUAUCAUUUUUAACAUGGUGUAACGGGAUACUGUGUUGCUCCCAGUCUUAGACAGAUGGGAUUAAUGAUUGACAUUCGAUUUCAUUAUGAUGAAGGUGUUAGAAAAGAGGGGAAAACUUCUUGCAAUAGGCCUACUAGGAAAACGUUCCCACGUGUUUUUAAAAUGGCAAUGCAAUGAUUUGUCGAUAGGCCUACGUAUACUGUAUAAACCGUUUCUGUUUGUUUUUUUAAAUAAUAAUGCAAUGAUCCGUCGAUUUGUAUGGUAAUACAUUGAAAUGUACAUUUUAUAAGCUUUUUUUUUUAAAUUCCUUAAUAGUUAGAGCUAACGCACCUGAGUGUCCAGCGGUCUAAGGCGCGACCUGGGUAUUCCUUUAUGUUCGAAUUAUGUUCUAAUCAUUCAAGUCACCGCGACGGCUCACCUUCUUCAUGUGAAACGAAAAGACCUUUGUUUUUUAUAACUAGGUCAGAUUUCUCUCUCCAACUCUAACUUUCUUAGACGCUUCCUAUUCCUAAUCCUUGAAAUGAACAUAAUCUAUAAUGGCGAUGUGUUCUAUUCCGAAGAUUAUGGAAGAGUGUAAUGUUUCACGUAACUACACAUACUGAGAUCUGCAUAUUUUUCCAAAUCUAACGCAGACAAAGCCGUUGUUCACCGGGAGCCAAUGAAGUUUUUUUUUUUUUUACGUCUUCUGCGCCCGUCUUUACUCUUAAUAGGUGGCGAAGAAAAACUCUGUUGGACAGUUGUCCAUUUCUGACUUAUCGUUGGAAACUGUGUUGCCCAGGUACGACAACAUUAAGAGAGAGAGGCCAUUCACAUUGAACUAUAGAGGAGCUGGGUUGGUAUGUAUAACAUCAAUGAAAGAUAAAAUGGAGAUAAAUAUUUAUACAGAUGAUAACAUAAAUGUCCCAAAACCGAAGAAACAAAAAUGAUUUUUGAAAAUAAAUGUUGGCCUAGCAACAUUUUACAAGUUUAAUCCUUUUUAAAUUUGAAUAUUUUUCAAAGAAUAUCGAUUUGAUUACAAUAAAACGUUGAUAUUCGAGCAACUAUAUUCUAUGCACUUUUUCUAUCUUGGUUGAAAAAUAAAAUGAAUAAUCAGUGACUAUGUCAUUAAAGUAUAAAAUAUAGGCCUGUAUGUCACAUUCGACUUAAAUGUCUAAAAUGUCUAUGAAUGAGAUGAUCACUAGCCGCGAAAGAGACUCAAGGAUGCCAUAAAACUAACAAAUAUAAUUCUAUCACUAGACCACACACACAACUAGGCUUUUGGUUAGACUAGAAGAUUCUCCCAAUGGCUGAUGUACCUAACCAACACACUAGAAGAUUACACAACAAUGCUUUUGGUCAGACCAGUGGGAUCUAUACUUGACCUUGCACCUAUCGAUUAAUAUGGUUAGUAAGUCAUUCUUUGCAUGCUCUGUAGUUACAUAUUUUCAAAUCAGAAUGUUUUUUGGUGCAGCCCCCUCCCUUUUUUUUUUUUUGGUGCUGUGGUCGUUUUGACAACUGACAUAUAGGCGAUAAAUGUUUUUGAAACAUAAAUGCUAAUUUCUUUAUGUCUUUAAUAUCAAUGACAAAUUUUGACAAUUAUCUUUGUUUUGUAUGCGUGUUUGUAAGCAAAUGUAUUUUUUAUGUGAAAAACAAUAGAGUUACGGUAUUUUUGUUCUUUA